UCGCUUGCGCUCGGCACCUCGAACAGCCCGGCUCCGAUUCUGCUCCCUCCAGCUCCAUCAAGCGAAUCAGCUCUCUCAGCCCCUGCAAGCGAAUCAGCCCCCCGUCAUCUCCAGGGCUAAACUCUCUUGGUCGCCUCCCCAACAGGGCAUUUCGAAUCACCCGGCUCGGCCCUUCAUCGCCCUUUCGUUCACGGCCGUGAUGAGUGUCACUGAAUCCUAUUCUGAGGUCGCUCUGACGACCGAUACCGACGACGACUUUGAAAGCGUCCAUUACGACACCGAUGCGUCGUCGGCCAAUCGAUCUGCUGCCAAGUUCAACGAUCGAAAUGGCCCCUCCGCCUCAUAUUGCGACUCGUUCGUCAUUGUCGAAUGCCCGUCCGUCCAGGACUUUGAAGUCGAUGGCAAUGACGAAGCAGUUAAACAAGGCUCCAUCGGCGACAUUGACCAUAUCGACAGCCCCAGUGACUACGAGCAUCACCCGCAACCCCGCCGCCCCAAUCGCCACAGGCAGCAGGCUCGUCGUGCCGGUCGUCGUGCCGACGACGGAUACACCGACGAUGACGAUGACGGCGACAGCGACGGUGAUGGUGGCGGCGUCGACCUGAUGGAUGACAUCGACUCGCUACGUGAGACGGCUUUCCCGCGAGACUUUACUCCAAACCGGCUUCUUGGGCCGGCUGCCGUUUCGCCAUAUGCAUAUCUUCACCAGCGACUCCUGAAGCGACCAGACUCACCGACUACCGAGAGGGUCUGGCUCGACACCUUCAUGAAGACGCCCGAGAACGCCUGGAGCCACACCAAGGAGAUGCAGACGAGUCUGGGCACAUUUCAGCUCCUAUGUACAAAGUCCGGCCAGCCGUCCGAUUCAUCGUCCCGGCUCUCGACCGUCACUCGAAUGGAGUGGGGCACAUUCUUCCUGACCCACAGCCCACAGGAGCGAUACAGCCAUAUACCCGCUCUCCGCACCCGCAUCUUUUCAGGGGGCAUCGAGAGCUCCAUCCGUCCUGAAGUAUGGAUGCUCUUGCUCGGCGUUCACUCCUGGGCGUCCAACUCAAUGAGCCGAUCCCAGGUCGAGCUCCAGAAAAGAUCCGAGUACGAGCGCAUGAAGUCCAAGUGGAGACAGAGUAUCCACAGGCUCCAGGACGCACCUCCAGAACUGGCCCAGCCAACGCCGGAUUUUGUGAUGCCGAAUGUGCUGGCAUUCUGGAAAGAGAAUCUCUACCGCAUCGACAAGGAUGUCGUCAGGACAGAUCGCGAAGUAUAUUUCUAUCAGUCGACUCCCAGCUUUGAGCUAUUGGCGUAUCAGCCCGGGGCAUACAUCGAUGCCUGUCCAAAUCGCAACCUCGAAAAGCUCCGUAAUGUCUUGAUGACGUACUCGGUGCGCUCGACUCUCAAGCCCUACACUCUGUACCAAAAGACCGAGGAAGAUCUCCAGGCAGAAGGCUAUGUGCAAGGCAUGGCUGAGCUGGCCAGCUCCAUCCUCAUGGUCAUGGAUGGCGACGAGUCCAAUGCAUUUUGGACAUUCUACGCCCUGAUGGAGCGGAUGAAAAAGCACUACCGGUCCGAUGGCAGCGGCAUGCGAACGACACUCAUCACUAUGGGCAAGCUGAUCCGGAUCCUCGAUCCGGAGCUGCACCUCCAUCUGCUCGAAAGCGAGGCUCUCGACCUGUUCUGCUGCUUCCGCUGGUUUCUGGUGCUCUUCAAGCGCGAGUUCCGUCAUGUCGCGCUGGUUCGGCUCUGGGAUGCCAUCUUUGCCAAAGAAGAUGAGACCCAGGACUACGCCAUGUUUGUUGCCAUGGCAAUUCUGGAAGAGCACCGCGAUGAAAUCAUGCAGCGCCAGUCGUCCGACGAAAUCUGGAAGGUACGCACCAGCGAUUGCGCCUCCGUACCCUCAUGGCGAUUCCCUUGCAUGAGCACUACUGGC